AUGAUGGCUUGUUGCGGCCAUAACGAAUCCAAUAGGUAAGGAGAUUUGGACUUUUUUAAAUUUAGAUAUCGUGAAUAACAUCAUAAGAAAAAUAUAUUGUUGUGUAAAGUGAGAAUGGACUUGAGUUGAUGAAGAAUUAGGUUGGCGAGUGUUUCCUAGCGCGUUUAUUUUUCCCAUUUUGCGGUAGUUUUUCCUGUAGUUGGAUUUCAUACCUAAAACUAUAUGAAUUUGAUAGACAUUCCACAUUUCAGUGGUUUUUUUUCUUUUCAGAUUUUCUUUAUGUCCUUUUGGUAGUUGCAAACAUACACACAAACAUACACAGAUACAUAAAAAAAUCAAUUUUUUCUCUAUAGUUAUAAUUUUCAGUGGCGGAUUGGUGAUCGAUGAAACUGAGGAGAUGGAAGUGCCUUUGAGAGCCAGUUGCAGUUUGAACAUUGACUUUCCAGUCGUUCCAAAUUCUUUCAAGAAAGUAUUGAGCCGACCGAAACCUACCUUUGCUCUCAGUAACCCCUCUUCUUUGGAGUCUAGAACCGAGUGGCUGAUGAAGUGCAAAUACGGUAGGGUCCAUUCAUCUUUUUCUUUCUACAUCUCAACUUUAGCGUUGGAUCAGCUAGCAUUGAAACGAGCGCCCCAGAUUCCGCGAGUUUUUCGUACCGGACUCUCCGACUUUGUGGUAGACCCAAAAGAUCUCAAAUUGAUAUCGCCAGAGCGAGGUAAGCUUUUACACUUAUUUGUUUUGAAUUUAGAUGCAUUUUCUGGCUUAAACUGCGGUAUUUUUGUUCUAGACUCGUUAUGUUUUCUUUGCCAACUUCCACAAGGAACAGAGCCCAUCUCCCAAUGCGCCGAGGAUGGAUGUCCCGGAGUAUUCCACGAUAAAUGUGUCACUCGUGAGGUGACUCAAGCAUACUACUUGUUCUUCCACCGGCACACCAACAUCAAAUGUUUCCGCCACUUUUGUAAUCGUUGCUUUGCCGAGAAUCUUCGCACAACCGCCACAAAACGGAACUGUAAGUUUAGAUUGAUGUAGUUCAAUUUAUACGGAAAAUUUUACUAACCUAUUUGAAUUUUCUAGCUCCUCUAAGCGUGUGCAAGAUCUGUAGCAAAGCCUACCAUUCACAAUGCACUCCACCUGGUUGUGAUGCCGAUAAUUUGAUUUGCCCCGCUCAUACGAAGAUCUCGACUGUCGGCAAGCCGCACAUGCCUUUUUGUUUUAAUUGUGCCGCUGGUUUUGGUCAGAACGGACGAAGUAAGUAGUAAGGAGCUUGAAUGCUGCCAAAGUUCGAAGUUGUACGGCAAAAAAGUUCGGCAUUUUGAUCAAAAUUAUAUUCUAGUAGGUCGGGUAUCAAAAAUAAUAAUAUUCAUACAAAAAACUUUAUUUUUUAGUUAACUGUGAUUUCUGUGUGCGAUCGUUCCAUAAAACGUGCGGGCAAUUCAUUGUGGAUGUCUCUGGUGGGAUAGGUAAUCGGAUCUGCAGCUUUUGUCAGUUCGGAUAUUUCGUGAAGACCGGCGAUUAUUGUCAUGUGAUGUUGAACGGCCAAAUGCAGCCAGCCCAAGUUGUUGGAGGGCUUAGGUCUAAGGCUCCGGGAUACUUUCCCGUGAUCCAACUGAAAUUUUUAUUCUACAAGAAGAUGGUGAAGCACGUUGUUCACGUCUACCACGGAGACAUGGUCCCGUUUACAUUUAAUGACGCUUUUUGUACGUAUUAUCGAACUGUAAAGCUGAAGGAAUUGAAGUGUAAGUGCUUUAUUGAUUUGUCUUGAUGUUUAGAUACAAAACCUCUUGGAUUUCACGAACUGGAAAUUAUUUUUAUAUUAUUUUAGUCUAUGAAUACGUCCGAUCAGAAAAGUCAACCGCAAAUGUCUCCAAACUCCCAGCAAUACCGUUGGAUGUCCUGUACAAAGAGUUUACUCCAUGCGAAGUGAGUUUAGACUGGUUUUUCAAAACAUUACUUUGAACUGAAUCUUUUGCAAGCUUUUUAAUGUGUAAUAUAACUUUUAGGAGAAUUUGGUCCCCAAAAAAGCGUUUCUCAAACUCCUUCAUGAUGACAAUCACGCCCAACAAUGUGAUUGUCAAGUGGAAGAGAACGGGAUGAAGUGUCUGGACUCAUGCCCAAACCGGCGGCAAAACUUUGAAUGCCGUUUGAAUUGCGGCCCCGGAUGUAUGAACGGUCCAGCCGCGAGAAAUCCCGAUGUGAAUAAAUUGGAUGUUUUUGCCUGUCCGAUCAGAGGAAAGGGCCUCCGGGCAACUGUUGACUUUGCUGCGGUAAGGGAAUUAUGUUGUAUAUUUUGAAACAUUUUUUAAAAGUAUUAAAAGACGAUUUCUGAGUCAGUGCGUCAGCCGUGGACAUAGAAAAAGAUCGAUUUUGAGUUUUUUGCACUAAAAUGGCUGUUGGAAGGUGCUAAGCAAAAGCGAACAAUAUUUUUUCCCAAAACCUUCAUCAAGGUAUAUUUUUUUACAAUUUACUGUUUUAGAAGUAACCGCGUCCAGCUGUCGUAUCUUACCUUACUGGGCGAUGAUUUGACGGUUACUGAAGUUUUCGACCCUUGCGAUGACGAUGUUAUCAUUAUUUUUCCGAUUUUCUUACUGUAACAUACCGUAAUACUGUAUCGACCGCUAAAAAACGACCGUAGAAUCUUUCUUUCUGAAAAUUUCACAGGCGAUUUUACGAUUUUUGGAAUCAGCAUAAAAUUCUGCUCUAGAGGCAAUCAAAAAAGUUCAAAAAAAGCUGCGACAAAUUUCGUGGUAUAGUGGUUAGUGGUCGGGACUACCAAUCCAGCGACCCGGGUUCGAGUCCGGCUGGGUGCGAAUAUCGAAAAGACGUCGGAAAUUAAAUUUAUUGUGAUUCAGAGGAUUGUAUAUUUUGCCACGAGCAAUUAUUAAUGUCAAUGGUAGCUGGAUUCAAGGUUAAAACGGGAUUUAUAUAAUUUUAGGGGCUCAAUACAUGAAAAAAUAAAAGUGCUUCAAACCGGUUGAAAUUGAUAAUACUUAUUCUAAGGGCUAUUCGAAGACACUUUCUCGUUAACUUUUUUUUGGUAGCUUACUGUUCCAUGCACUACAGUAAGAUAAAGAUUUUGUACUUAAGCGGGAUUUUCUUCAAGAUUGUUGCAUCCAGUCUCGAGUUUUUUUGACUAGGUCGUUCAAACAGCAACGAAGGUCCACUAUUGGUAUACAAAAUAAAUUUCCGCUUCACUUCCAGUGUGUCUUGAUAUCAUCGCUAUCUGACAAAACUUCGUGAAAUAACCCGGUUGUUUCAAACUGUGCGGCCAUAAAAAAAAAAAUUUUGUAUGCAAACCAACUCGUUAUUAACCAUCUCUAUCAAUAUGGCGAUAGUCCGAGCUGUCUACGCCCCGUGGUAUGCGAAAAAUAAAAUUGGAUUUCAUGUCACAGUAAUCCAUGUUACAGUAAGUUACGAAAAAAAGUUAACGAGAAAGUGUCUUAGAAUAGCCCUUAGAAUAAGUAUUAUCAAUUUCAACCGGUUUGAAGCACUUUUAUUUUUUCAUGUAUUGAGCCCCUAAAAUUAUAUAAAUCCCGUUUUAACCUUGAAUCCAGCUACCAUUGACAUUAAUAAUUGCUCGUGGCAAAAUAUACAAUCCUCUGAAUCACAAUAAAUUUAAUUUCCGACGUCUUUUCGAUAUUCGCACCCAGCCGGACUCGAACCCGGGUCGCUGGAUUGGUAGUCCCGACCACUAACCACUAUACCACGAAAUUUGUCGCAGCUUUUUUUGAACUUUUUUUGAUUGCCUCUAGAGCAGAAUUUUAUGCUGAUUCCAAAAAUCGUAAAAUCGCCUGUGAAAUUUUCAGAAAGAAAGAUUCUACGGUCGUUUUUUAGCGGUCGAUACAGUAUUACGGUAUGUUACAGUAAGAAAAUCGGAAAAAUAAUGAUACCAUCGUCAUCGCAAGGGUCGAAAACUUCAGUAACCGUCAAAUCAUCGCCCAGUAAGGUAAGAUACGACAGCUGGACGCGGCACGGCAACCCGAAGUGUUUCCUGGCUCCUUUCGAUACUUCGCCCAUUUUGUAUCGGUUGAAAUCAAACGAAAUGUCACAAAAGAAUUUUUUGUGGGUUUUUCCGACCGAAAAAUAUUUUUCUCGGAAUUAUUUUAUUUCUGUUCUCAAUUUUGACACUUCGUUUGGACGAAACUCAAAAGUGGGCGGGAAACAUUUUUCUUUUAUUUCGGGUUGCCGUGCGCGGUUACUUCUAAAACAGUAAAUUGUAAAAAAAUAUACCUUGAUGAAGGUUUUGGGAAAAAAUAUUGUUCGCUUUUGCUUAGCACCUUCCAACAGCCAUUUUAGUGCAAAAAACUCAAAAUCGAUUUUUUCCUAUGUCCACCCCUAACAGACGGCUGAUGCACUGACUCAGAAAUCGUCUUUUAAUGGUUUUACUUUUGUAGGGAGAGCCCAUUGGAGAAUAUCGAGGGAAAAUUAUGAGCAAAGAGGAGGUUUCCGCUUACAUGACCAUAUUUGUGGACAAUCGAAAUAUUGAAGAUCAUCUGUAUUACAUGGAGAUUGGAAAUACGGGUCUUACGGUCAAUGCCAGACAACGAGGAGCCUUGACUAGGUUUGCUAAUCACAGCUGCAAACCUAAUACGUCGGUUAUGUGCAUUACGGUAAGUUUUUAAAUGAGGUCUAUGGGCUUUCUUAUAUUGUACUUGAAAUUAAUCCCGAGGCUUUUUAGGGAUCCGAUAAUGUCGUCCGACAGAUGCUGUAUGCCAAAGUACCCAUCAAAAAAGGCACAGAGAUCACCUUCGACUACGCCAUGGAUUGGGACGAGUUCAACAAGGUGUGCCGAUGCGGCUCCGAAGAUUGUUCCGGAUACCUGAACGGCCGAAUGCAAAACAGAAUGAAAAUCAUCAAAACGGUGGGAGAGUACCCGAUAAUCCCUACGAAGAAAAAGAAGCAGGCGUUGUCUCGAGGAAGGAAACGAAAAAACAGCGACGACGCGUCCUAUCCGUCAAAGGUCUCAAAAAACCUCAUCCUGGAUCAAGUACCUCAAAAAAUAGCGGCUGAAAUAAUGUCCCAGAGCUAA